AUGGGCUUCACUGAACGCGUGCACCUUACCCAGGGGACCACCGACAACAACGUGUCUCUACCCAGCAACAUAUCCAACACGGACUACCCACCCAUGUUGGCGCUCGGUGUCGAACUGCAGGUUUUUCUCAUCGCCCUCUACAGUUUCACCGCUCUCUUGGCUCUCGCCGGAAACAUUAUGGUGAUUGUCGUGUUACUUCUGGGCCGAAGAUCCUCCCGGGAACUGCGCCUGUUUCUUGUGAAUUUGGCCCUCUCGGAUAUCACGAUGGCUCUGUUUUCCAUUCCCUUCACGUACACGGAUUUUAUGCUCGGCCGCUGGAUAUUCGAGCCGUUUUUCUGUCCCGUCGUGCUUUUUAUGCAGCACCUCUCCGUGAUUGUGUCGGUGUACACACUCACUGCAAUAGGAGUAGACAGGUAUUAUGCCAUCAUGCACCCGCUGAGCAUACGUUGGACACGGGACCAUUGCCCGCACGUAAUUUUGGCUAUCUGGAUCGUGGCCUCGCUGCUGUCGAGCGUCCAGUUUGUGUACGGACAGGCCACGGAGUUCACGUGGGCUGGCAGAGCGUAUUACGACUGCAACGAAACCUGGGAAGAGACGUCGGGAAAGGUCUAUACCGCGGGCAUCUUCACGGUGACGUUUCUCACUCCGAUGCUGGUCCUCAUCUUCACGUACUCGUCCAUCGCUUCGAAAAUGUGGCGCCACACGUCACCAGGUAACGCAGACACGCAACGAGAUCAACAGCAGCUAACGGCUAAGACGAAAGUGAUAAAGAUGCUUGUAACGGUGGUUGUCAUGUUUGCGCUCUGCUGGCUGCCCAUUCAGCUCCUCAAUGUUUUCCUCUACUUCGAUCGUGAUGCAAUCGCGCCAAGUUCCGAAGCCGGCGAGUACGUGUACAUAGCUACCUUCUUCAGCUGCCACUGGUUAUCAACAGCCAACAGCUUCGUCAAUCCAGUCAUCUACUGCUUCAUGAGCGACAACUUCAGGGCGGACGUAAUGCAGCUGAUCAUAAAACGCAGCUGCACGCGGUUCGAAUGGGCAAGAUCACAGCAGCGAAAAGCAAAGUUUGGGAAACCGGAGUGUUCUGUUGAAGAGUAGCAUUCAAGAAAGGAUCAUUCCUUAGAUUCUGCUUUACAGGCACAGAUACGCUGCCCUGCGCAGGAUCAAAGAGGUACUUACAGCAUUUCUGUAUCACAAUUCCGAAUUAUUAUGAUUAA